CCUCGGGCUGCCGCCGCCCGCCCGCCUUCCCCCGCCGGUCGUGAGGAGAGACCGAGGGCGGCCAUGAAGAUCUGGAGCUCGGAGCACGUGUUCGGACAUCCCUGGGAUACAGUGAUCAAAGCUGCUAUGAGAAAGUACCCCAACCCAAUGAAUCCGUGUGUGGUAGGAGUAGAUGUCCUUGACAGAAGCCUUGAUAACCAGGGGAGGUUGCAUAGUCACCGUCUUCUCAGCACAGAGUGGGGAUUGCCAAGUAUUGUAAAAGCGAUUUUAGGAACAAACAGAACUCUGACUUACAUUGAGGAACAUUCUGUGGUAGAUCCAGUAGAAAAAAAGAUGGAGCUUUGCUCAACUAAUAUUACUCUUACAAACUUGGUGUCUGUUGAUGAGAGACUGGUUUACACACCUCAUCCUGAAAACCCUGAAAAAACUGUGCUAACUCAAGAAGCAAUUAUUACUGUUAAAGGCAUUAGCUUGAGCAGUUAUCUGGAAAGCUUAAUGGCAAACACAAUAUCUUCUAAUGCCAGAAAGGGUCGGGAUGCCCUGGAGUGGGUGAUCAGCAAACUAAACACAGAAUUGGAGGAGCUGAAGUCAACGCGCGAAGGCAUGAAACCAGCCAUGGCAGCAGCGUCAACAGAAAAAUAAACCAAAAAAUACCAAGUAACUGACAGAAAAGUUUUUUUCUGCAGACUGCUUUGUAGAUCUCCCUUCCAAGGCUGAUAUGCAGAGGUUUUAUAUAUUUAUAAGAAUAUUGAAUCAGCGGAAAAGUAACCUCGUCCGUCAUCUACACAGCAGUUCCUGUUGCCUACUGAAGAUUAAAUUGACCUCCUGCAGAUGCUCUUUUCAUUUAAACAAGUUAUUUUUAACACUGGAAACAAAACAUUUAGCACAUUUAAAACUGCCUAAAUGUGCCUUUUAUAACAAAGAUAGCGAGUAUGUUGUAUUUACACCAUCUUGUUUUUUCAUACUCAAACUUGAAAAGAAUGCAUGUGUAUUAUUAAGCGUUUUCCAUGUGAACAUUUGUCAAGGGCUGAUAGGUACUAGAGCACUGGAUUUUGUCUGUUUUGUAAUCUGAACAUGAUACUGUAGCAUUAGAUCUCUAUCUAGAGGAUCAUCCUGAAAAGCUAAAACUUGUGUGGUACUAACUUUUCUUACGUUGUUUAAAUGUGCUGCCUGAACAUGACACACAGAUACUUUACCUCUUAGAUGUUUGUAUCCAAACAAAGAUAAAGUUUGUACUGAUGUUAAUAGCCUAAAACAGUUUUUUGGUGAGGAGAAGGGUAUAAUUUAUUUUCAUAUUUAUUAUCUUGCCCUAGUUCCUCCCCUCCCUAUGAGGAGAGGAGAAGUAAUUCCUGAAAGGUGCUGGAAAAUACUACUCUUAUUUAUCUCUAAGAAGGGUACUUGUAGACUACGUGAAUGAAGAGACUGUGCUGUUCCACUGGUCCUUGCUCUUCACAUCAUGUCUUAACUGAGGGAGAGACUGAUGCAAUAACCAGAAGAGUUACAAGAAGUACAAGAGUACAAGAAAAACAAAUGGAGUCUCCCUUUUGAGUGCUUUCUACUAACUACUGACUACCAGUAUAACUGAAUUUUUUCAACACUUUUCCACAUUGGUACAAGAUGGUUUUAGGAUCAUUUUAAAUGCUUCUCAUUAUCUGGAAAAAUAGUCCAGUAACUGCAGAAAUUGCUUCCUAUGAAACAUGCAUAAAUAUAUAUUUGUAACAGUCCUAGCCUUGUCUGAUCUUCACAAAAUUUUCAUAUUUGGUCCAGGUAUAGUAUACAUUUCUUAGACAGCCCUCUUAGGGCAUUUUAACUUACUUUUUGGUGUGCACACAAAGUGAAAUAAAUGUUGCAAGGAUGUUUA